AUUUAAUGUAGAUGGUUGGAAAACUGGACCAAAUGCAGUCCAUGUGUCAAAGUCGGCAGCCUCUCUUUGCCAUUUUAGGGCUUACCAAGGAAAAGGCCAUGAAAUAGAGACUGGAGGCUAUCCCUUGAUCUCUACAAUGCCAAAGAGAAUUCGAUCCGAAGAGAUUAGAAGAGGAGGAGGAAAUAGAGAAAGAGAGAGGGAAUUGCAUGUUGUGUCCAAACCUACUGAAGUUGAUGAAGAUCAGUUAUUCUUUAUUAAUCCCUAUGACUAUAGACAUAGGCAAUUCACCUUUCUAACCAAUUUCUUUGUGCUAGCAAUUACCUUUUCAUUGGAUAGGGUUAAGGGUUGGAAGCUGAUAAACAUCCAAGCACAUCGACAUAAGGAUCAUGGUCUCCGGAUCGUUGGAAUAUUAGCUUGGUAAGGAGCACACCAGUCUAAAUGGAAUCAAGAUCUACACAACCAAAGAGAUCAAGAACCCGGGUUUCUAGAGGAGGGGCGAGUUUCAUAUAUUCUUCAAGUGCUAUAAGCAAGUCAGAUGUUUCUAAAAUAAUUGACCAAGUCAAGUACAAGAUAGAAUCAAGUUUAAAGUUUUAUAUGACCACAGAACAGAUAAUGCAGAGACUUGAGAGAGAAGGAAUACCGCGUUGGCUUACACUUGAGGUAUGGAAGGCGCUUAGGGAGCAAAAUUCUGAUUUUUUUGUCGCAUAUGGUGUAAGACUAAAGUUAAUCGAACAGAUCACCAAAUUUAAUGAGUUGCUUGAGCACCAACAAAAAUUAAUGAUGGCAAAUGCUGCACAACCUUCAUUUCCAAUUGCUCCAGAUCAUCAUGCCAUCCACCCUAUGUCAAAUAUGUUUGAGGAUGCUGCUAAUCAUUUUGAUGUAGGGUUUUUCCUCCCACAGAAGAACUCAAUGCCUUUUGCUGAGCACCCUAAUUUGGAACCAAUUGGAAGUGGAUUAUCUAGUAGCUAUAAUGGAUUUUAUGGAAUCCCAGCAACGAACAAUGUUUACCACAAUAUAAUGAAUUACCUAAAUGGCGCCGCUCAGGCAACCAUUUUAGAUAUGGCCCCAGUUCAUGUACAUGUUCCCAAUAUUACCAUGGAUGCUGCUCCAAUGACAUCUACUGGGAGCUUUCCUGCAAAUCCAUCUGGUGUGCCAACCAUCCAUGCAUCAAGAAACCAAGCAGCCAUGCAUAAUCAAGCAUAUGCUCAUGAAUUGCACCCAAGAACAGUUGGUGGGCCUGAGAAUUCUAUGGCAACGGAUAUGUCAUUUGGCGAGCUCCCUGAAAAUUUAACUAUUACAGACCUGCAAGGACUCAUUGAUGAUUAGAAUUUCUAUCUUUGAGAAAGGAGCUUAUUACCAUAUAGUACGCAAACUAUAGUUUGACCUUUCCAAUCCCAAAUAAGAUGCUUUGUGUCUAUAAGUUCCUAAAAUAUUUCAGCUUGGAAGAACCAAUGGCUAGAUCAACAAUAUUGUAUCAUAACUUAAAAAUUUCUAGUCUU